AGAGUUGAGCAAAGCAAUAUUAAUCAUAGCAAUGCCUCCUCCACUCCCAGAGUCACUGGGCAGGCGUGCAUGCAGCUUUAACAGCCAGUGGGUGGCGGUGGUGGGAGGAGGUGGCGGCGGCAGUGGUGGUGGUGGAGCAUGAGAGAAAAUGACUCCAUAUGCUUCCUCUGUGCAGCGUUCUCUUUCAUCUGUGUCCGAUCAUAAAAAAUGUGCGCUGAGAAGCACUACAGCUUCCAGAGGAGGCAGCACCGCCCUGUGUAUGUGUGUGUGUAAGUGUGUGUGAGUGUGUGGAGGGGCAGAGAUGAGGAGAGGUGGAGGGGAAGGGAGGGUGUGAGGUGAUGACCAGCCCUGGAGACAGUUAUAUAACAAAUACUGCAGCCAUGAAGCUGCUGCAGCUCAUCACUUGUUGAUCUGUGAACGGUGCGAACACAUCCGUGUCAUUUUGGUUUGUGUGUCGUCGACACUUAAACGACUAAAAUGAUAAAUGACCAUCGAGGUCAGCCUGAGAUCUGAUACAUUAUAUUCAUAUCAUUAUUAAUAAUUAAUCAAUAGCUCUUUAGAUUUAUUGCUGAAAUAGUACUAGAGAGGGUACAAAGAGGAUACAAAUGAAUAUUUCAGUGAAUGUGAAUAUUAAUCAGUGUAAAAAUACAGCCUCUGCACAUAUGCCUUUAAAUUACAUGUACUGUUUUGUUUGUAAAUGAAAACAAGUAUUUAAUUCUGUCGUGGAUUUUAUGCAACAGAAAGGUGUCUAAAACACCUCCUACAAUAUAACUAACUAUUGUAAUUUAAGGAGUAAUUCAAACAAAUGAAGAAAACAGGACAGAUGCUGUGAAUCUGAAGCAAAAAUUUAAAUAAAAGGAAAAAUUACAUCUAAAAAUGUUCAUUUAUUUGAGUCUUGUUAAAGUAGAAAUUGGGAAUAUUCAGCUUUUGUUGUGGUCAGAUUCUAAACUGAAAUGCUCCCUUGCUCACCCCUCCUGUCAAUGCAGGAACUGUGGCCUUCAGGGAUAAGAAGCUCCUAUGAGAUACAGUUAGAAUAAUCCUCAAAGUAUUACCACCAAAACCAUCUUCAAUUCCAAUUCUUAGAUUACAAAAAAAGCAUGUUAUUUGUUUGUCCAAUCUGUGUCACUGUAGAAAUAUGGUGGAAAGAGACCUGUUCAUAUGUAAAUGCCAGUAGAUACUCCACGCUGAAUCUUGACAGGCAGGUCUUUCAUGUUGUUUUGCACGGGGCUAAAAUCCUCCUUGGUUGUAGCUCAAAACUUGCUAGCUUAAAUGGACAAAUGGAGAUUCACAAAUUGAAUCAUCACAUGAGCCCCCCCAGACACAAGCCUGAUUUGAGAAAAGCGGGACAUCAUUGCAAACAAUACGACAUCUUCAUUGAUAUUAGUUCAGGCUUUUGUCCCAUGGUUGCGUGUCCACAAGAAACCCGUCUAUAUACAGUCUGUGAACAGGAUAACUAAUUCAGGGAAACAACUGGGAAUUACCUUUUGAAAACUGAGAACAAAUUACAUGUUCUGAUGCAUAAGAUAUGCAUAUUACUAUUACUACUAUUAUUAUAAUAAUUAUCAAAAUCAUGAUUACCAUUAUUAUUAGUUAUUUAUUGUCAUUACAUACUAUUAUUAUUAAUUUGUUAUUAUUAUUUAUCGUCAUUAUUAUUAUGAAUUAUCAAUCCAAUUUUAAUCGUCAUUUUUGAUCAUGAUUGUUAUUAUUGAUGAUUGUUAUUGUUUGGGGUGGGCGGGGGCAUCAGUGAGCUCAUCCUCCUCGCGCUCUCCACAGGUGAUUGGUGCCGUUCAUCCUCCAAUCACACUCCGCCUGCAAAGUGGCUCUGUGGUCAGUUCAGAUCUUUUUAUUUUAGUCGAAAUAACCCCACAAACUCUCCAACUUUUACCCUCGUUGGCUGGAUAUGACUCUCCCCGCUCCGGCUUCUGUCUCCGGCGGCCUCUCGUCGUGACUCGUCCGCACUUUGAGCGACAAAACAGGGAGAAUCUUUUUCCUCUGAGACGUCCUUAAGGGAGCUAACCAGCGUUAGCAUCGAGCUAGCAUGACAACCAUUAGAAGAACUGCCAUCAUCAUCUUCAUCUUCAUCAUCCUCCCCUGUGGCUCUGCUGGCAGCAGGUAAGUUACAACUCCCACUCGAGAUACUUGUAUGUGUGUUGUCUCGGUGGAAAUCGAAAGCGAGGCCGUUCAGAGGCGGAUAAGUGUUUUCUGAGUUGGAGGAAAAGUGUUGAGAGAAGUGUUAGCAGGGCUGCUAAAUGGCGCAGGGUCAGGGUAAGUGAGCUAAGCUAACGUUAGCAGCCUGUCAGCUAGCCUGUGUGUUCAGUGUGCAAACACAGCUGUGUCUGAUCUGAGGAGGAGGAUCAUAAAAACCCUUUAAAAGCUGCUUAAUAAUCGGAUUCCCAAGUGUUUGUCGUCCACUCUUGCUGGAAUAAUCGCAGAAUGUCUGUGUAUUUAUCGUGUUUUCCCUCCACUCUGCCUUCUGUGGGUUUAUAAGAUAAGACAAGAUUCACUUUAUUGAUCCCUGCUGAGGGAAAUUCACGUGUUUUAACAGCUCGAAAGAAAAGGACAAGGGGAAUUUAGUUGUGGAUUUUAAAAAGAGUGCAAAAGACAUGGGAAAUAUACCUGAAAUGACAAAAAAUGCAAAUACUGACGAGUAUAUAAAUAAAUUCACAGUCAGUGUUCACAGUGUUCACUUUUAACAUAUGGACUAGGGCCCGACCGAUAUGGAUUUUUCGGGGCCGAUACCGAUUAUUAAUCGGCCGAUUUUUAUUUUUUUUUAAAUAAGUUAUAAAUAAAUAUAUAUAUACUUUAGAGAUCUACAGUAUACUAUAUACUGUAGAUAUACUGUAGGCUAUUGCUCUUCAUGCCAACAGGAAGACCGACUGAUCAAACUCGGACCAGAAAAGCGUGUGAAAACGAGAAAAUGCUAUUAACAGUGGGUGCGUUGAAGAAUAUAAACAGUAAGAUAUUUAGGAGUAAGAGUGGGAAUAUGUACAGUCAUUAAAUAAGUAGUUCGAUAAAAUAUGUAUACAGAUUCAGCAAAGUGUUUCUAGUCGUAGCUGACAGAUUAGUUUUUCAGUGGCCGAUGCUGAUUCAUAUGACAAGAGAGUCAGCUGGCCAGUGGCUGAUAUAUAAGCAGAUAUCACACAUCUGACAACAGUUUAAUAAAACAGUGAAAAGUGGCAAAAAAAAAGUUACUGAACUUGAGUGAACUUUUUACAAAAUUCAGUUUUAAUCAUAUUCAACUCUUUAAAGUAUUGCUGUAAAGGAGUAUUUUACUUCAGUGCAGCAAACUGGGAUUGUUAGGGAAGAAAAAUAUAAUGAGGGAGAUGUUAAAGUUGAAAUAAAAAGAGGGUUUUCAUGCACAUGGAAUAAUUAAUCUGUUCAUGACCUAAUAAACAUGAUUAUCUGAACAUGAUUAGCUGGUAUCAUUAAAGAAUUAAUGUAAAAAACAAAGACUAAAGAGUUCAGAGAAUGUCUGUUAAUACUAAACUGCAUUAUUCUCUUCAUUAUUAUAGAGUUAUUGUUUAAACAGCAGCCAGUGACAGUUUUAGAUUUGAUUUGCUGUUCAUGUGUAAUCAGAAAAUUGUGGUAUUAUUAGGAAAAGAUGAUGGUUAUAGCGGCCUUUUGAGGGCCAAUGCCGAUAUGAUGAUGAUGAUGAUUGUGUCAAAAUGUUAUUCAUCGUUCUAAUUAUGAUAAUACUUCAUCUCUAGAAUCUAGUACAUCACAUUUAUGUUGAGGUCUACAAAUUCUAAUAAAAGUACAAUAAAAGUACAGAAGUUCCCUCCAUAAGGAAAAGACAAUUCACUCUGACAAGCCUAAACGUCCUCAAAGAUAAAGGCAGGGGAAAUGUUAACAUUAACUUACUAAUAACAUCAAAAAGUUAUUUUUAUUCUCUCUGAAAAACAUCAAAACUUGGACUGAAAUUGAUAAGCUGAACUGGAACUAAAACCAGAGUCUUUUAGUCUAAAAUAACCUUGAAUAAACAUGAGCAGUCGUGUCAGGCUACUUUGUUCUGAUAUUUUUCUCUCUUUUGGCACCAAACUCCAAAUGUUUCAUAGGAUAACUUUGCAAUCCCCACCCCAAAUGUAAACAUUUAAAUAUGCAGGUAACAACAGCAUAUCUCUGAAUUUUGGAAAUAUAAAAGAGUAGAUAAAUGUUUACUAUCACAAAAAAUAUGUUGUCUGAUGGCUAUUUGUAUAUGGAUGAUUUUGAAGUCUUUAGAAAACUAGUGUCAGCAGGAAAGCAUCGUGAUCUCACUGGGUUGCUGGUGAUCUCAUAGCAGACUGGCUGAAUGACCUGUAGUAGCGCCCCUCCUCACUCGGCGGGGUCUUAGUUUGCUGCUGGAGGAGCUUUGUGCGCUUCGUCACCCAGAAGUGACCUUACAGGAACCUCACAUGAUGGAGGUUAUUCAGAUCAGUCUGAAAGGAGAAGAAACUAAAAUUGGAUAGAGUCUGACUCAUGGCCAGGCCCCGGGUUUGAACUGGUUUCACUAGAUAAUGGUCUUCCUGAUAUCUUUACCUCCAACCUAAUAUUACAGGACGGUUUUAGAGCUCACCUAUAGUACCUGGAAAAAGACUGUUCCCAUGGUGCUGAAGGCGUCACCUUCUCCGUCACUAACAGGAUAUUAUACGGUGGAGUUAUGACAACAAAUUAAACAUACAGUGAAAUGAUUACACAGCUGUAUAAGCCUUCAUAUGUGGGAACACUGGUGAAUGACACGCUGUACAUUCACAGGAAUCUUCCUCCUCUACCUAGAACGAGUUAGCUGUGAAUUUUGAGCAGGUUACACUCUCUUUAUGGUGUUUUUUUUAAUGCUGUGUGUAUAACUGUCUUUCUGUUCCCUCUCGGUUUCACAGGUCCCCAUUACUGUCUGCAGGUGCGAGGUUAUGGCUCCCAAACGGAUGAUGAUUAUCAUGUCAGCCUCCUACAGCUGUAUCAGUCACUCAUGCCCACAGGAGAUCUCACCCACGCCUGCAGGUUAUUCUCAGUGUUUAUACUAUUUUGAAUAUCACUACAUGAGAAUAAUGCUUCAUUUAUUUAUCAUGCACUUAUAGUGACCGGUUUUACAGCAGAAAACUUGACCUAUAGAGAUGUUGUGGUGUCUGGUCAGUCAUGACUGCAUUAGCUCUGUUAACAUUGUAUGUGCAGUUUCUUUAGAGUCAAGUAUUCGACAAAGCAAACUAGAGUCAGGCAGUUUAGUUCAUCGCUGCACCUGCACAUUAAAACAACAACUAUUCAACUGCCAAAUUCAGUUUACAGUAUCAAAUACUUUCUGACAUUUCUGACAUGACUUUACUCAACACACCCAUUUUCAAAAUGCACUCUACAACAUCAGAGAUAAUCUGAAUCUGUUAUCCAAGUGAAUUAAGACACCUCAAAAUCUUAAGAGAAGCUCAAAAAGAAUAAGAUAAACAUUUGCAGCAUUGUUGGAGAAUAAGAGGCCUCUCAUUUAGAAGUGGUGGACUGGAAAUGAAACGGUAUUGCAUCAGUGUGAAGUGCCUCCUUAAGGUGCUUUGUGAGGUAUUAUAGAGUAAAGUAUCUCUUAGUGUGUUUAAGUUGAAGCAGCUGAAUAAAGAAGUCGUGUAAGACUGAGAGUUUUAUAGCCACAUGGGAGCAGGUCGCUUUGCAUGGAAGUCAUUUUGUUCAUACAGUAGCACAGAGCGGUGAACAUGGAUAUGGGCGUAUACAUGUUUUAUUUAGAGAGUGGCUGUUGGAGGAAGAAGGGAGUGGUUGGUGUGCAUGAAGAAUCUGAAUUGAGUUAAAGAUUGUUUUUUUUUUUUUUUUUUUAAAUACUUUACAAAUGAGGGAUUAUAAUUAACAUGCAUUAGUGGAGCUUUUUGUCCUCAGAGGCAACCGUCAUCUGUGGAGUUUUACCCAAAAGAAAAGGUGAGCAAGGGAGCAUUUCAGUCUAAAAACCUGAUAUCUAAAUAUUUUCUUCUGUGCUGUUACUGUUAUUUUAUUCAAUAUUACAAAUUUAGUUCGACAGAUUCUUCCCUUCGGUACUUAAAACAGAAGAAUAAAUAAAAGAAAGUCCAUUUCUCAGUGUUUUCCUCAAACUGAACUAAAACCGCUCAAUCAGUCAAUCAAGCUUUAUUUAUUUGGCACUUUUCAUACAAAUCAAACACAGCUCAAAGUGCUUUGCAGUGAUUAAAAACAAAACAGACAGAAAAUGUGACAUUUGUAUAGAAAGAAACAGAAUAGAUAGAGACGGAUGCAUAACAAUAGUAUUAAAGUAUAUGUAAUUAAAGCUGGAGAAGAGAAGAGAAAUGUGUUAAACUGUUAAAAAGACAUAAAAAUAAACAGUUAAAGUGGUAGAUUAUGUUUUCUGCAUUAUGGCUCCAUUAAAUUUCAUUUUAAUCCGUACCUUGCUGCCAAAGCAUGUGUGAUACUUCCUCACAAACUACAGAAUAUUACUACUCUAAAUCUUUUAAAUGUAUGAAGCUAAAGACAUUAUUUUGGCAGUAAUGAUGGAGGAGGUUUCAGUGUUUUUCCACUAAAUUUUCCAGCUGCGUGUCGUUCUUUUUACAAAUCUUAACAGAUAGGGGAGAGUGGGGCAAGUUGAGCCACCCCCUGUUGCUUUUAAAUGGUAAAAGAAAUUGAUCAUGUGACCAUAUAUUUAGGAGAUGGGCAUCAAUUCAUGGAGUCUGUGAAGGUUAGAAGCACGUGGGUGAAGAGGUUAGACAUUUAUUUACAAAAAACAUUUUUCACUCUUGAAAGUGAAUUUAGUCUGUCAUAAGUUUGAGAAUUGUGUUCAGACCAAAAAAGAUCAUUUUAAAUUUGUUUUAUACAUCAACUGUGGUAUCUAUGAGCUACAGCAUGAGGUCAUAAACCUAACAUAAGAGUCCACCAUAUUAGCUUAGAGGACUAUGAAAAUAUGAAAAAAAUAUGAAAUAUGAAUUAUGAAAAAUGGCUCAUCUUACCCCACUCUCCCCUACUCAUCAAUGGGAAAAAAACAUUGGAAUCAUGACUGGAGGAGACAUGCAGCGUCUGUACCACAAGGAGGCGAUAUUUCCCAGAGUAGAAGACUGUUUACAGGCGGAACAUGUGUCCCUUUUUGUAGUUGUAUUUGAUAUAACAUAUAUGAGCAGAAUUUGGUCAUUUAGGGUGUGUUUGCAGAUGUAAUAACGCAAAGUAUCGCAGUCUGCUCAUGAGCAAAAUUUUUGUAUUGUUUAUAAAUAUAAUUAAUUGAAGCAGCAGUGUAUUAGAAAUCCACUCAAUUUUAUUUUAUAUAUAACAUUUAAAAAUAUAUACAUAAAUAUAAAUAUAUAUGUUCUUCGCGUUUCCUGUGGUGAGAACAUCUUGAGAAGUUCACAUCCCUUCAUCAGCAUCCAGCCUCUCUCCCCCCUCCCUCCCCUCCCUCCGUCGGUACACCCCCCUCCCUCCCUCCUCUCCCCAGUACCCCAAGGGUCUCGCGAGCGCGCACGCGUGCAAAACUGCGUGGGAAUGGCUGUUCGUGUGAUCGAGGGGGUUGGGCCGCUCUGAGCGAGCGGUGAGCUGCAUGAGUUUGUAAUGUCCGCCAUGUUGGCCAUGGCGUAUUGAACCGGGGAGGAACAGCGGAGCCUAGGAAAAAAAGAGACCGACAGAGAGCGACCGAGACCCGGGCCUGCCCGGCUCUGUUCGCGCUGCUACGGACCCGAGCCUGCCCUCGAUCGACCGGCUGACUCCUAGAGACCGUCACAGAUUCAUCCAUGAGAACUCGAGGCAGACCUGCUGUUAUUCCUAGCAGAUCGAAUAGAUUUAUGCUGCAUCUUUUAAUAUAAAAAUGAGUAAAUUGUCGUUUCGGGCACGGGCGCUAGAUGCUAGUAAGCCCCUGCCCGUCUUCCGCUGCGAGGAUUUGCCGGACCUGCACGAGUAUGCCUCAAUCAACCGGGCAGUGCCGCAGAUGCCAACCGGGAUGGAAAAGGAGGAGGAAUCGGUAUGUUAUUUUAUUGCUGCUUCAUGACUGUGCUGGAUCACUUUGGCGGUGUUUUCCCAUCAAGGAGCGCCGCUAUGUUGCCUGCGCAAGCUUGUGCAAAAUGGCCGCCAUAUCUGCUUUUUCGUGCACACGACGGAGCUCGACGAAUCCUCCUUAUUACGGCCCGAUUCUAAUAUACGUGUGUUUAAAAUGUGAAAACGGUGUGAGAUUUUAUUCGUUAACCGUGUUCUGCUCAUUCGUUUCACUCGAAAUUGCGCCCAAACGCACAAAGAAGUCACGUGACUCGUUUCUGUUCCACCAUUUUGUUGACUUUCUCCUCGGUAAAGGCGAGCGGGGAUAGGCCUCGGACGGUGUGUACUAUCCGCGGAUGAAUGCCAGGGGGAGACAGUGAGCCCCCCAGCCCGGUUUGACAGCUCGGUGUUGCGCGUUGACAGCUCCAGAGUCUGCCAUGUGUGCUGCACACGGCGGAGGAGGAGGGGAAAAGGGGAGAAAUGUGCCUUCAAUUUAAUGAUAUCCUACAAAAACAGCAUUGCAUAACACACUGUGGAGUUUUCAUGUGUUGCAACAUGUAAAGUAUGGGGAUGAUAGUGAUUCCAGAGGCGGGUUCAUUCAUGUUUUAGCUCCACAUCUGUUUUUUUAGAGGAUAUUGAUGCAGCUGGAGUUAGAAUUAAAUUAAUAAUGAAGUAGGAACAUCUUCUAAAUUAGAGAAAUGUUGAUUUUAAGAGGAUGUAACAGCUGCAAGUUUGCUUGGUUUUAAUGUGAGGCUUAUUUCAGUUUAAUCCAAAAUGCCUGCAAACAUUAGUGAACUGAUUUUCAUGCAUUUAUGUAUUGCGCUUAAAGAUUAAGGCUUCAUUUGACACUCUGGAUAACCUUUGUCCCCAUUAAGAGCUUUUCAUGCAUAAUAUUGCAUAAAGAAUUGGUUUGCAUCAUGCACUCUGAUUUCAUGUCUGCAACCCACGUAAACCUCAGCAAUUAACUCCAAAUAUAACCAAAACAAUGUCUUUUUUCAUGCUGUGUGUUAGGACUAGUUAAGGGCUGAAUUCUGCUCUUAUUCGUCUUUGAUUGUUAGUGUAGUAAUAGUUGUUGCUGGUCGUAAAAGGGGAUUAAUUGCUGGAGUAUGAGCGGGUGUUUAUGAUCCUUCCUGGCCCGCUCCACUGAAUUCCUCUCCGUCACCUCAUCAGUGGGAGACCCUUUCUGUGCCGACGAGACGCCUCAGCAGACACAAACACAAGGAAAGCACAUUACGGGGCCGCUGCGAAGUCAGCAGAAAUCAGACUCGCCCCCCCCUCCUGCGCUGCCGGCCCUCCCCCACCUACUGUACACACAGAGCGGCAUUACAUAACAGAGUGACAGAAGAGAUAAAGAGGACAGUUUUACUACAAGGCUGUGCAUGGCUUAGCUCCCUGACCCACUUCCUAUCCAGCAACAAUGGAGCGUUGCUGCGCUGUGAGGUGACUGAGUGGCCGCAUGUUGACCUGAGAGUUACGCUGAUUUAAGAAGCGAGUAAACAGAUUUUUGUGAUCCUGACGGGAAGUAGACUCCAACAGGUACAUCCGUCCACUUUAAGCCAAAUCUGAAGCUUUAAAUCAACAAAAUCAUGCACUUGCAUUAAGAUUCAUAGCAACAGCUCUCAGAUUUAAUCACCCACUAAAAGCCCAAUUUUUCACAAUUAGUAUAUGCAGCAGAAGUCGACUUACGCUGCUUCAUUAUGAAUAACCUUUAAGCUUUCUGCAGAUAUCAUUGAUAGACGUUCAGUUUUUAAAGCUGGUAUUGUCAAGCGUGAUCGUAUCUGUGCACAGUCGUCAUGGCAGUCACAGAGUGGAACAUUUUGUCCGUUGAGCAGGGAGUCUAAAAUUAUUCAGUUUGUUCUGAAAGGGAGGCAUCUCAGAAAAGACGUGAUAGUGCAUCACGAAUCUAAAGGAUAGAUGUCAGAAAGGUAGGGCCGGGUAAUACGGCCCAAAACCAUCGGAUAUUUGUAUCAUUAGUUGCCACAAUAAACCCUUAAAUCAUGAUUUAUUCAGAGGAUAAAGGCAGAUUUUGGGGGGUUCAGUCCCACGAUGAGCUUCAUGAAUCCCUGAUUUUCCACAGUGUGUUUUUUGCAAUUGUUAUGCAUGUCUUCUUCUGUCGUGAGACUCAAUAUUGAAAAACUCACUUACUCACCAGGUGCAGAAAUUUUUAUUUGCACCUGUAAUUUCUACCUUUCUGAACGUGCUUUAGCUGACACUUCUGCACAGUUUGGAGGGCAUGGUCCUCAAACUGUAAAGGGACAAGUCUGCACUUACUCAAGUCGACAAGCCUGAUGUUGAAGAUGUUUUUAAGGGUUGUUAAAGGUCUUCUUCCCCUGUAAAUCAGGGGGCAACACGUGUUUCAAGUGCUUUUUCGCUGUGGUGUGAUAAUAAGUUUGAAUUGGUCAAUAAGUCAGUGUUGAACACGUGUUGUGUGUGUUUUUUUCCACUGAAGUAAUGUCUUAAAUUGUUAUUUCGUGGUUGAAAUCUUUUGGACAAACUUCCCUCUCUUGGUAGGCGUGGGUUUCGUUUGCUAUUCUUGCUUUUUGGCCGCUUGUUUGUCUCAUUUAUAGUGUGUAUUUUGGACAGGGUGUACGCCUCGACUCGGUGAACAGAUUGCCUUCCUCAAGAGUUGCUCUCACCCCCCCCUCGGCUGAAAAACACCUGCUGGAGGCCACACUUUUCGUCGCCAUGGCAACUUUUAUUGGAGUCAUCUAUUUUCCUGGAGAACAUUAAAUGGAAGGAACGUGUGGUGCUGUGAAAAAAUAGAUUUUCAUUUGUCUCUCCUGUAUCUGCAUCUGUGGCUGUGAAGUCCUGGAGUACGGUGCAGAGGAAGAACAAGAGAGGUAGUGUUUUGACAGAGUCUUUACAUGUCAGGGUACGAGGUAAAGCAGCUGAAAACUCCUCUAUCAAAGGAGUCUUCACACUUUUGUGGUUUUCUUGUGAGGGAAAAUGAAGGAGGCUCCUCUACUUGGAGACUUUUGGGGGCUUUUUAAAAAAUGUCUACCUCUACAUUUUGAUAAGAAAACCAGUUGCAAGAUGUCCAAAAUUAUCCCGCAAUCCUUGUUCCUGUCUGCCAUUCACAAAAGCCCUUUAUCCCCACUCACCCAAUUCCUCAGGAGAGGAAAUCCCAGACUGUGAACCGUGGCUGUUGGGAUCACAGCUGCGAAAGAUCAGGAUAUCUUUAGGUCAGAGGCAGCCCGGGGUAGCGUGCUGCAAUCUGCCAAGCCGAUAUCCCCUGCAGAAGCGUGCAAAGGCCGGUCUGGGCCAGGCUUAGGUGUAAUUGGAUCCUUGUGCUCACUCUUCUUGAAGUUUCCUUAAAUCUCCGGGGUUUGGGUUUGUGAGCAUGCCGGACAGAGGGGUCCGCAGAGGGACGGUUUAAGGGUGUGUUUGACGAGUGACACUAGAGGAUGGAUCUUCAGUGGGUUCAGUCAAGACCUGGUUCAUAGACUUGAGUUAGUUGAUGUUCACCAGAGUCCUCUUUGGUAUCUUGUGUCUGCAUGAUGCCAAAGUUAAUACCAAGGCUAGUGACACAAUACAUUUUAACAUUGAUACUGAUAUUUGUUUUUGCUGAUAUUGGACCGAUAUUUGAUAUCAAUAUCAGAUCAGGACAUCCCCAGUUCAAAGUGAGAUACUACAGCACUGUGUUUGCUAAAUUUACCUGAAAGUUUUCCUCAUUUUACUGACAAGUAAUGUUAGCUAGUAGCCAGAUGCUAUUUAGCUCUCACUAUUAUCAGUGGUAGUGGACAUGUUGAGGCAGGAGCAUUGCUUUUCUCUCUCAGUGGAAGUGGAGUCUGGCACUGAUGGUCAGGUGAAUGUUUUUUAGAGUUUUGACGGUCUGUAGGUAAAAACAGUUCAACCUCUCUCUAAAGCUAAUGACGCUUUCUCAGUCACUGAAGUCAGAGCCGCAGUGAAACUACAGAAUUUUUUAGAGUGGGACUUAAUGGAUGCACUUUAUUUCCCCCUCUUUUUCAGAGGAGAAAAAGUGGAAAGUGUUGCAUCUAUGUAUAUUAGACUGGAGAUGUCACUUUGAAGUAAAGGUAAGAGAUUCAAAGGAUAGAAAUGAGUGAGUAAUCAGUUAUUUCCAUCAACCGUUGAAUAGGGCCGGAUGAUAAACAGAAAAUUUAUCGAUACUGAAAUUUCCGACAAUAACCAACAUUAUUUUGCCCAUAUUGGUAUAUUCAGUAGGCUAUGGUCUCAUGUCCCUUUAUGACGCUGUCCUACGUCAGAGACGUGACUCCACCCCAUCCAGUCUGUAACAAAGAGGGAAAGACAGGUGAGGAGAUGGAGGAUGGUUCAAAAGUUGUAGCAGCUGAAGUAGACGAAGUUAAUGUGGGAGGGGGUGAGCAGCUUGUGGAGAAGUUAUUGUCCAUUUAUCGUUAUCGAGGUGAACUGCUCGUGAUAUAUAUAUAUCGUGAUAUUGAUUUGAGGCCAUAUCGCCCAGCCCUACCACAGUGACCAAACUGAACUUUUGGGAGGGAGUUUUUGGAUGCACUUUUCCCCCUUUUGUUUAGAGGGGAAAAAGUGAAAAGUUUCAUGUCUAUGUAUUUUAGACUGGAGAUGUCAUUUUGAAGUCAAGGUAAGAGAUUCAAAGCGUAGGAAUGAGUUAGUUUUCAUUAACCGUUGAAUUUAAUCAUGACCCAUUAUCAGAAUCCCUCCUUUAGAAUCAGAGGUGACACUAGCUGUGGUUUAUCGUUGGUUUGAGCUGCCAGUGUACUCUUAAUAAAAACGAUUUUGCUUUGUUCUGAGCUCUUCAGAGGGAAUUGUGAGGUUGCCAUUGUAGCUGAAGUGUUUCUCCAGAGCUUGUUUUUUUUUUUUUUUUUGACAUAAAACUCAAAUAUGCUGUAAUCACGGGAACCACAGCCUCCGCAGUUUUUAAAGUGGAGGCUGCUUUAAAUGAAGGCUCACACGAAAAACUGUUAGCAAUUUGCAGGCGGUCGUGUAUUUGUGGGCUGUGUGAAAGUCUCAACAAGCUUGGCUGGACAGUCAGCACACAUUGUAACAAUUGACGCCAAAUACGCCAAAACCUGUGAUUUGCCUGUGUGAACAUGCCAGGCUCGGCCAUGUUUAGAGUAAUGAGCCAGUUUAAGUUGGGGACAAAUUACUGGUGAUUUUGCGGCCUGUGUUUGUUUACAUCCCCGAGUCAUUUCGAGGCACCAAAAAGCAGCGGCUGAUGGAUGUUGUCCGAGUACUUUCACUUUAAUCCCAGGGCCCUCGGGGUUAAAUUCGCACAGGUUGGGAUAACAGAAUAAGCUGUUUUCUUUGUGUGUUGCUUGUAGAGAGAGUGUACAACACAAGGCCUGUUGAUAAGCUUACCAGGGGCAGAUGGUUCAGCUCUGGAUGCACGCUGUGUCCUUUCAUGCCAGCUCACAGCUCUGAUAUAGUUCUCCUGUUACUCCAUGCAGUGCUGCUCCUGGCUUUGGAUUAUCCUUUAGUUCCCGAACCGCUUAAAACUCCCACGCAGGUGUGCGAGUUUUUCAGGUAAUGAAAACGAAUAUUGCACGGACACAGAUUUGUUUACGGUCACACUUGUCAGCCGUGGAGAGCGCUUCAUUAGACACUGACCCAUAUCUUAAAAUCUAAGUUAGAAACCCGUGGCGGUGAGAAGGAGCGUGCAAUUUGCAAACUGAGUAGGAGCCCUGUUAAAGUACGUGUUAGAGCGAGAUGGGCUGCAGUCGCUUCGACUGGAUUGGCCAUCUGUUGCAUCAACCGCUGAGAGCAGGCCUUCAAAGAGCGUGUUCUUCAGGGUGAGCAUACAUUUGUCAUAAACUGCAACUCCUUUGAUCCGGAUUUAUUUUUAGUGCUGAGAAGGGAGGGGUGGAGUCAGGGUUGUGAAAUCUAUCUGAAUGUUUUCCAGAUAACAUUUGAUUUGUUUACUCUCAAAUCAUAAGUUUUCUGCUGCAACUUGGUGCAGUCUGUGCUUCUAUGAUCGACCGACCGUGUGGUGGAAAAUUAAAUCUUCACAAUCAAAGCAAAAUACUCAAAGUAUUAGAAGCAUUACGGUACAUUUAAACGGUGUUCAUCCCAGCAUGUGGUAGGGGUUUCAUUUAGAACAGUAUAACCAAUCAGAGCUCAAGGACUAGACCGCAAACCAUCAAGAUAACAUAAAAUAAACACCUGAAUAGGGCUGGGCGAUAAACCGAAAAUUUACCGACAUCAAAAUUUACGACAAUAACCAUUUUUUUGUGCUCAUAUUGGUAUAGUCGGUGUCAAAUAAAUUAAUAAUAAAAGUUGGUUUUAGAUGUGUGUAGGUAGGCUAUGGUCUGAUAUCCCUUUAAGCCGCUGUCCUAUGUCGGAGACGUGACUCCACCCCAUCCAGUCUGUAACAAAGAGGGAAAGACAGGUGAGGAGAUGGAGGACGGAGAGAAAGUUGUAGCGGCUGAAGUAGACGAAGUUAAUGUGGGAGGGGGUGAGCAGCUUGUGGAGUAGUUAUCGUCCAUUUAUUGUUAUCAAGGUGAACUGAUCAAUAUAUCGUGAUAUUUAAUUUGAGUACAUGUCGCCCAGCCCUACACCUGGAUAUACUGGGAAGUGCAGUAAAGGUCAAGGUUACUGACAUUAUCUGUUAUUAGGGUAAACUCCUCGUCAGUAAAGUGCCCAAACAUUUCAUCCCAGAUCUAUAUGAUGACAGAUCUAUGCAUUCCAUAGAUCUUGGAAGCAGGUGUGCAUCGUUUCUAGGAUAGUAAACUGCCUGGUUUGUCGUAACUCUGCUCUGAAGUUUCAAUCACUGCACUGUAUUGUUGCGUAUCUUGACAGAUCAGAUGCAGUGAUAGUUUUGGCCCUCUGUGAGUCUGAGUAAAAACAAUGAAGACGCCUCAGACUCCUCUCUGGGUCAGCUGGUCCUGCUGUUACUGUGGGAGGAAACCGAGGCUUUAUUGUUAGAAUUUAUUUGGUGGAAAAAGAAAAAUCACAAUAUUAGUUUUCUUUUUUUUCAAUGUCAGCAUCCUCGGCUGAUACCCGGCAUCAUUGAUUGGAAAGCUCAGAAGCUGGUCGUGUUUCCAGUAUCUUCAACUUAACCUUCGUAGACCGGUAUUGAUCCAUCUGGGAUUCCUCUCAUUGUACAGAAGAAUUGAAAACAGCUGCUACGAUGGUUCUUGUCCUCUUGAGGAGUUUUAAGCUCCCUUUGGAUCAAAAAGUGCAGAAAUAAAUCCACAUAACCACCAUUCUUCAUGCUGAAUACACACACAAUUAUCAAUCUAGACCAGGAUGUGCUUUGUGCAGGAGUUCCCAUCAAUCCAGGUGCUUUAAAUUGAUGCAUUAAUGUUAUGGCUGAAAUGUCACACCCCUAAUUUGAUUGAAUACCAAGACGUACCCUACAGAAGCUGCUCAAACCCUUUCAUUAGUUUGUUCUCACUCAGUGGAGUCAUUGAGACGUCGCUCUGCUCCUCAAACAGCUGAUACAACGUCAGAAAUCACAAACACACACACAAACACACGUUUGAUCUUCUGAGCUGUGGCGCCUGCAGCUCCAACAGUGUCUCUGUUUUGAUUUUGAUGGGGGUUUGUUUCAGUGCAGUUUUCAUCUGAACUGGGCUCUUUAGAGGUCUCUGAGGGCCGAUUUGGUACAAAUGAAAACCAGGAACUUUGAAGCACCAACACCAGGCGCAGAGUGACCUGUGAGUGACCCUGAAACAUGUUCAUUUUUCUAUGCUAUGCUGAGAAAAAGCCUCUGUAACGCGGGGAACACUCAGAUAUUUAUACACCUUUUCUCUCCUCCACUCAUUCAACAUUAAAUCUGUUUAUAUGUGAUUUAUUACACCAGAAAACUCGAACCUGUUUGUGUUCUGGAGAAGAGAGACUUGUUUGAGGUUCUUGUUUUCAUCACAUUUGCAGGUGACUGCAUCAGAUUACAUAAUCUAAAAAGCACUCAGUGUUUACAGAGUUCAGGAGUCAAUCCAGUGACUCAUUUGCCGACGGGCUUGUUUGUUAAACCGAGAAGUUAGUUUCAUUGGAGCUCCUUUUGGGGGAAACAAACUGCAGGUAUUUCAUGCUUCAGAAUAUUCAGCAGCAGCAUUAUUUUUAAACUUUCUGAUUUUCUUUCACGCCGACUUUUAUGACUCGCUUCAGCUCGGGUUGCAGCGGAUGAAAACAGUGAGUCAUCCUCGCGUUAGCAGGGUUACCUGUGCGGCGCUCCAGAUGACGUCUUUGCCUGAUUGAAGUUUGAAAACUCUGAAUGGAUGUGGACUCUUUUGUAGGGGCGGUGGACCGGCACGCCCAAACACCUGCUGUUCAUCCUCGUUACUCUGUUCAGCUCCGUCAAACAUCCACAAGCUCUCACUGUUCAUCUCCCUGUGAGUCAUUUCUCUGAGACCUGCCGUUUAAAACAACAGAGGGUCGUCAAUAACUAACCACUAACUGGAGCAGCGCUUAAACUCAAGGGGAGGAAUGUCUGAAAAAGAUUGGACGAUGGUCAAGAAAAACAAAUGGAAAGAUUUAGGAAGAAGUGGAGUUGGGAAACCACUUCCUGUUUGUGUUCAGAUGAGUCUUACAGUUAAAUUCUCAGGACAGAAAUCAACAAGAAUAAGGAAGUCUCUCUUUCUGUCCCUAAAGUCUCACAGUGCACAGUCACUGUUUAGUGCUUUAGUGCUGGGGGGGAGGGGGGGGGGGGGGUUGAUUACCGAUUUAUGAAAUAAAAAAAUAAAAGUAUUGCUCGGCUAAUGUGAGCGUCUCUCCUGAUGACAAGAGUAAAGGUCCAUGUGCUUAUCUGGUUCUGGCCCCGACUCAGUACAUGCCAUCAUGACAGACAGACAUCUCAACACUAGAGUCUAAUCUGAACUGAAAAACACUCAAUCUGUUGUUGGGUCAGUCUUCUCACUUCCACCCGGUACACGUCUGUUUUCCCCUGGAAAGUUGCAAAAUUGCAUCGGGCUUGAUGUGUACAGUCAGGUGCUUCAAAUUUUGCGUUGUAUAUUUGCAUCGUUCCCGGUGUGUAAGGACCUUAAGAAGGGAAGAGCCGCAAAGAGAUCAGGUCUCAUCAGUCAGAAAGUUCAAACAUUUAUAAAAAGUUUGUUUUUUUGUGUUAUGAAAGUUUAACAUAUGAAAGUUUUUCUUUCUAUUCGCCCAUUGCAGACAGAGAAGUAAACUGAGAGUCAGUCUGUGUGUCCGCUGACUUUAAACCUGUCAGAGAUGCUGCUGGUGUUGUAGAUCGUGUCACUCGUCGGCUGUAGACAGCCAUUCAGUCACAGCAGAAUGAAACUCUGUUACCCAGUUUGUCUCAGUGGGAAUCACAGUUUUGUUUAUACGUCAGCUGUUGGCUAAAAUAUCAGAGUGUUUCGAUGAAUCUCAAAGGAGAGUCUCACCUCGUACAGAAACCCUGAUUCCAGGUCUCCUCUUCAUCCUCUGUUCAAAAUGCUUCACAUAGACUUCUUUCCCCCUGUUUGUGGGUGUUACUUUUUACACAGCUUUACUCAUGAAAAUGUCCAGUCUUGACUUUAGUCUGUCAGCGCUCCUCAUCAUAUGUUAGCUGUCAUUACAUUACUUGUCUUUAAAAGGUGAAUUGCAGCUUGUUGGUCUGAGAAAUGUGAAGUGAGCUCUGGUCUUUGCUGUGAUAUUUAGUAUUCUGGACACACACAGAAAACCAGUUUUAUCCAGAUCUGUCCGUACGUCUUUGUGUCAUGAAUAUGUUUGUUUGUUGCUUCAGUUUGAGACUCUGAACAUCCUCUGGAGACUUGUUUGUUGUUUUUUUGCCACACAGAUUUUGCCGCCGUUCAACAAAUCUGAGGUCGACACUUGUUUCUAGAAUAAUAAAUGUCCUUUUGUAAGCUGUAAAUUUGCAUAACUGUGUAAAAGAAAGAGAUUGCUCUGUUGUCGUUUUGUAAACAUCUGUACUCCUCCUCCUCCUCUCUUCCAGGAGCACCAUCUCCAGCGGGCCAUCUCAGCACAGCAGGUAUACGGCGAGAAGCGGGACAACAUGGUUAUCCCCGUCCCCGAGGCAGAGCGCAACAUCACGCACUACGAGUCCCUCUACCCCGGGGAGUUCAAGAUGCCAAAGCAGCUUAUUCACAUACAGCGUGAGUAGCUGAAGGAUUAUCCUCUGAGCUGUGUCGGUGGUGUCCGAGCACGUGGUGGUGAUGAUGAUGAUGAGGGUUUAUGCUGCUCGAUUGAGAGUUUGGGUUUUGUGGAUCAGUGGGUAAUAAUUUCAUCUGAUGACGGUCCGUGUGCUGUCAUACGUGUUGUUUUGACGCUGUUGUCCCUUCAGGGUUUUACAGCAGAGAUGUGCUAUUUCAGGAAACGUCUUUGGCAGUGAGAGAAAAUAAGGGGCAGUAGGUUAUUAGUGCCUGUGUGUUGUCAAUUACUCUGACAGUGUGCUCUCUCUCUCUCUCUCUCUCUUUCUUUCUCUCUCUCUCUCUCUCUCUCUCUCUCUCUCUCUCUCUCUCUCUCUCUCUCUCUCUCUCUCUCUCUCUCUCUCUCUCUCUCUUUCUCUCUCUCUCUCUCUCUCUCUCUCUCUCUCUCUCUCUCUCUCUCUCUCUCAAAGUGAAUUUGGCAGGCGUGUAUCCAGGUGUAGUGACGGGUUUACUACGUGGUAUCUGCGUUAAACACAAGUGUUACUGCCUAUAAAUUCACACAUCCCUUUUUGCAAAUACGCCACCGUACUCUAAAGUAAAGCGACUUGUCAGCUGUCAUCAAGUCGUCACUGUGAGAAUGAUCUGUACUCUGCUGUCUGUACAAACUGAAGAGAGUCAGACUAGAGGACAAAUGAUCAGAGUUUGUUUUAACUUUACGCUCCUGCAUUUGCAGAUUUUUCUCUUAAGAUUUCUUUGGCCGGUUUUGUCGUCGCACAGUUUUCCCGCUAAGAUUCGAAUAUCUCUUAGAAAUGCUGGAAACGAUCAUUUACAGAGCCGCUUCUUUUGACGAUUAACGCAGACUGAGGACAAAGUCUCAAAACCAAACCGUUCUUAGUCAUCAGCCGCCUCUUUUUAGCCGUCAACUUCUCACCUAGACUGUAGCUGCUGCUUUCUGUUAUCACCUUUUGUCAAAGUGAAAACAAAAUUAGAUUUGUCAACAUAACCCAACACAAAAGUUCAGUUUUAGUUAGUUUAAUCGAUUAGUGGAUAAGGUUUGAUUUCAGUUAAAUGGACAAAUGUACCUGUUAGUGGUUCAUUUCCCUUUUUUAUCACCUUGUUACAUAUUUUAUAUAUUUGUUGUAUUUUGUAGUAGCUGCAUUACUUUCAGUUCGUUUAUCAGGGUUUCUGCUGGGCCUUAAAACGUCUAAAAUCCAAUUUUUUAAAUUUAAGGCCUUAAAAUGUCUAACAAUCACUUAAAACCUCAUGAAAUGUCUUAAAUACAAAUUUGAAAGGUCUUAAAAAUACAAAUAAAGAUUGAUUUGAAGGUAGUUUAAAGUGUUCCUGAUUUCCCUUCAAGUUUUUUGUACUUUUUGCCAGUAUGGAUGUAAAAUGGAUCUCAAAUUGUUUUCAUUGCAGAAACCCUGUUUUAUCCACACACCGUCUCACCUCUUAUCUUGUCUUUCUUCUCACCUCUGUCUGUCUGGUAUUUCUUUAUGUUAAAACCAGCAACAAGUUUUAUUCGCAGCUUGUGUUUUAAAAUCAGGAGUUGAGACGAGGCUGUUUACUGAUAUAGUACCAGAACGAUAAAAAACUAAGGAUUACAGUGUUAACAACAAGCUGCGCAUAUUAAAACAAUGCAAUGAGAAGGUUCACGUUUAACACCAGAUGAAACACAUGAAUUGUUGUGUUAACGUGAGAUCACCGGCAGUCCAAAUGCAAAAGCACAAAGUGAGGGAAGGUCAUCUUUGGACGGCUGUGGUGUAUAGAUUUAUAAUAAAAGAGAGAAGUGUAGAUCUGCAGUUAAACCCGCCAAGAAACUGUCUGUAUGAUUUGGUGAGGAUUGGAGACGAACAGGAUUAAAGUUAUAAUCCAGAAUUAUUUCUCAGUGAGGACAAACUUCGUUCAGAUGUUUCCUCGUCUGAGUUAAAGGGAGUCCUGCGUCAGAUGUUUCCACCUUGUUUUGAUGAUCCGUUUACAUGGGAGUUAGUGAGUGUGCUCUCUCUACCUCUCCAAACGCCGCUGCAGGUUGUGACGAGUUCAUGUGUUAAUUAUCUGACACCCUCGCAGUGACAGUGAAGUAAACACUUCCUUCUUUUUUUUUCAUUCUCUAACUGAUGGAUUACAACUGACAACCAUUUCCCCAUUUUUACCAGACUGAUCUGUAAUUGUCUGGAGGAUCUCCAGGCCACGGCUGCAGAGUUUGGCCAGAAUGGCUGGUACGGCCAGAAAAACUCGAAGCCUCGGGCGGCAUUAAUGAGUGAGUGAGUGAGUGAGCGGCUGGUUUAGUUUCCGGCUCGGAUAGUUGUGUUUAUCCUGGAGCCCUGCGUCACUGAAAGAAGUAAACAGGAGCGCGCUGCUUUGUCAUGAUAAGAUGGUUUGUUUAAUGUGGAAGAGUGUUUGGCAGAAGUCGUCUGAUGCUGAUAAACACAUUUGCGUUUCAUACCCCAUGGCUUGUGUUUAUGGACUGUGCCUGAAAUGACUCUGCGUUAUUAGUCACCACAUGCCCUCCUCAGACCGUCCUCUCCCUCUCAUAAAGCCUCCGACACGCCGCCCGCCUCUUUAUUAACGAACGCUUUUCUCUCUCACAGCUUUCAGUUUGGACACGGAGCAGCCAGACUACGACCUAGAUUCAGAGGACGAGACGUUUGUGAAUAAGCUGAAGAAGAAAAUGGAAAUCACAGCCCUGCAGUUUGAAGAAAUGAUAGACCGACUGGAGAAAGGCAGCGGACAGCAGGUAUUUGUCACCACUCUGUGCAGGAGGAAAACGACAGGUUUGAAGGGAAUUUGCACAAACACACUCCUGGCUUUGCGUAACACAAGAUAAAUAAGCCCACUGAGUCAGACUGUACUUUCCUCGGCUGUGAAUAACAUCCUGGUUCUUGGGUGUAAUUUAGUCAUUCAAGGAGUUGGUCAUCGGCUUAGUGUUUACUCUUCUUAAGCAGUUAUAGAAACGCACGAUUCAGCCUGGAGGCAACACGACUGUCACAGUGAGGCAGGGCCGCACAGUUGUGUUGUCGAUUGAAGGGACUCUUUUCCUUUUUGUUGUGUAUUUUAUAAAUCCUACAUCUCACUUAUUAUCAGGGCUUGGAUUUUGAGCUUCAGCCGAAAACAGGAAGUCAAACACCGCCUGUUACAAGGACUACAGUCUCUGUACAGGGGGCGUGAAACCAAUCUAAACCCUGAGCCUCACUCCUCUGAGCCGCGGCUCAUUUUUGACGAUUAUAGAGUUGAAAACUUAGACAGUUGCAUAGAUUUAAUAACUAAACUGUUACAGAUAUGAAGCGUUAAAACGGAAAACUGAAAACUGUUGCCGUUUUCUCCCUGCUCACAUUGUCCCUCUGUUUUAGUAACACACGCCAGAUCCUCCUUUAGGUGUUUUAGGCACUUCAAUUACAAUACAGCCCUUUACAAGAACCCUUUACAGCUUUACAAUACAUAGAAAAUAAAAAUAAAGAAAUAAAAACAAUUUAAAGGAAUAAAAUACAAUACAAUAAAAUAUAGUGUCACCACGUUACUGACUAAAAGCCAGCAUAAAUAAGUACGUUCUCAAUCAGGAUUUGAAAAGGUCCGGGUCAAAAAUAAGUCUCAUUUCGGUUGGGAGUUUAUUCCAGAGUCUGGGACCAGCGACUGAAAAGGCUCGGUCACCCCGGUGUUUGUGUUUUGACCCGGACACCUCCAGCAGAAGUUGAUUUGAUGACCUCAGAGCUCUACCCGGCUCCCGAACGGUUAAAAGCUCAGUUAAAUAGAUGGAGGCGAGUCCGUUAAGAGCUUUAAAAACAAGAGUUUGAAAUCAAUCCUGAAAGAGACGGGAAGCCGAUGAAGGGAGCGGAGGACAGGAGUGAUGUGCUCACAUCUGUUAGUGCUGGUUAAAAGACGGACAAGUUGAAGGCGAGGAAGAGAUGAUUGGGAGAUGCCAACAUUUACAGUCGUCUAAUUUUGAACUGAUUAAAGCAUGGACGGCUAUCUGAAGGUUGUAACGGCUUAAGAACAUUUUGACCCUGUGUUAGGCUAUUUAAAAUGACUCGAGCUAGCUCAGGUUUGUCUGUUUGCUGCUGUGUUUUUAAUUCCCUCUGACACGAAUCUGCCUCCCCUUUGUGGUUUUCAGCUCGUCAGUCUCCAGGAAGCCAAACUGCUGCUGAAAGAGGACGACGAGUUGAUCAAGGAGGUGUUUGACUACUGGAGCCGCAAGAGGAAAACAUGCAAGGGCGGCUCCCUCAUCCCCAACGUGAAGCAGGAGAAGAGGGAUGGAUCCAGCACCAGCGACCCCUAUGUGGCCUUCCGGCGACGGACAGAGAAGAUGCAGACCAGGAAGGUGAGGAGAAGAUGUGCUUUAUUAUCACCCUUCAACUAAAGUUUAAUUACCAACUAAAAACUCCAGUCAAACUUCCUUCAUACAGAAAACUGAUUGUUGCUCCACGUCUGAAUCAUCUUCUCCAUUUUUCAGAACCGAAAGAAUGACGAGGCGUCGUACGAGAAGAUGCUGAAGCUGCGCAGGGACCUGAGCCGAGCUGUCACCAUCCUGGAGAUGAUCAAGAGGAGGGAAAAAAGCAAGAGGGAACUGCUGCACCUCACACUGGAAAUAGUGGAGAAGAGGUAAGAAAUUGGUCCUGAGAGAGUUUCGAAACGGCUGUUAGUCGCCCGCUGCACUGCAUCAACAACCUUGUUAGGGAAGAAGCCGCUAUUAGGAGGCUUUUAUUCCUGGGAUUCAUGAUGCAAAGGAUUGAUAUGAGCACGCUUCACUUGUCAGAGGAGCGAAGACGUCCAUGAAAGGAUCUAUUUUUGGUGUGUUUUGGGAAUCGGCUCUAUAAAGCCUAAUUGUGAAGCGGUGAAAGUUGAGAAGGAUCGGGUGUCAGACCUUUUUUACUCUGUGAAGUGUUUGGAUGGCUCUCGCGGUUAACCCACAUGUUUGAUUAGGCUUUUGUAUUCUCGUCAAGUUGAAAUCCCAGGCUGAGGCCAUUAGGACACUUGUCUGCAGGAUUGAUGGUAUAAAAGAGUCAACCGCAGAUUUUCUGUAAAGUCAGGCUCGGCUGCUCGUGUUAAUUGGGGGCAUGGCUGUGUACACUGUUUUGCAUGCAUUAUCAAUUAAGAGUUCACCCUGUUUAUUCAGUGGUGUCAGGAGCAAAUUAGCUCAUUGACUUCUCUGUACUACCCGUCUGUGAAGAAGAAGAAGCAGCACACAAGUCUCAGUGUUUGUAUUAUUUUAUCUCUUUUUUGGCGCUCCUCUUUUUCUCCCCCCAGCCUCUGCGAUCCAUCCAAACAUGACAUCCGAGUGAAAUGAAUUUGUUCUGAAAGUAGCUGUCAGUGUGAGCUUAAAUUGGACCCUUCUUCUUGAAGUGCUUUUGAUUUGUAGUGACAUUUCAAUUUCCUCUUGUUAUCCCGGCCUGCUUUCUGCCUGCACAUCAAAGCCGGUGUUUCCUCCCAGAUUGGACCGCUCUGUUCUCGGCUGAUAGCUUCCCGGCCCACUUCAUGAUAUUAUGUUGGGGAAGAGUGACCCAGGUGUACUGCAGGAUUUGUGUGUGUGUAGUCCUGACAGCUGUGUGUUACAGGGAGCAGAGUUAAGUUAUUUAUGUGUUUAUUUUUGUCUUUAGGCCACAGCUGUACCAUAUGGAGACUUUUGCAUUAGUUUGCAGGCGUAGUGCUGAAUUUAAACAAGAUAAAUAAGAGUUGAUUUUCCUCUAUAUGGUUUAUAUAUUAAUGAUAAAUAUAGACGUGCACUAAUGUGUUUGCUGACACGUGCAGUCACAUGUUGAAGUAGGACUGGGCGAUUAUAUGAUUGUGAUGAAUUUCAGUUCGAUCACGGUGAUCAGCUGUGAGCAUAUUUACUCAAUUAAACAUGGUAUUGAUAGUGCGUCUUAAAAUAUAUGGUAAUCAUUUGAAGAAGUUCUUCCUGAGUGAUUAUGCAGAAAGCAUGAAAAUGUGGGCGGAGUCUGUACAGCCUGUCACUGCCGACGGCACAAGUAGCAUUAGCAGCUUAGCCACAAUUAGCGGUGCAGCCACCAGACCAAAGUAAUCAAUCGUAUCAUCUACAUUUAAAUCAUCUAAUGUUUACAUUUAAGGCGUCAUCAUUAUCUCUGAGGGGGCGAUUUCUUUAUUUUGGGUCUUACAUAACUGUAAAAAUACUCAGGACUGUUGAGUAGGUCACUGUAUUAUUUAGUAUUUAUUCACAUUUGUUGUUCUGUUGAGUUAAAAUGUUUCUUUUUUAUAUUUUUCUAAGUUUAUCUUAUUUAAUUUGCUUUUUUAUUUACUUAAUAUGUUAAUAAAAUGUUGAACUGAUCUCUAGUUUCUUCAGUUUUUAGUACAGAUGCUUUAAAAUUGGCAGUUUAGAAAAUCGUGAUAAUAAUCGAGAUCAGACGAUAUGACAAAACACUACAUGAUCAUUUUUUGCCAAAUCGCCCAGUACGAUGUUGAAGCUUUUUUUUGGUGCAUAAGCCGUCAUCGCACGAGAAUGUUUUGUGCAUCAUGUUAAAGCUUUUAUUCGACCAUCUGCUGGUUUUAAAGUGUACACAAAUUUUGGUGUCUAAAAAGGCAGAAAUGAAAACUAUUAAAGCUAACCUCACUGUAGAUAGUUGAGGUGAAUUAUGUACCUGCUGUGAACCUUCUGAGCAUGCUCACCAGCUCUGGACUCUUCCAUUCGUGUCUUUCAGGAACUUGAUGCCAGACUUCGGCAGCGAGGUGAUGGCGGAGGCUCUUGCUCAGCGAGCUCUGGUGAAGCCCGUCUACACCAUCCCACUCAUCCCCUUGUCCAGCAGCAACCAGUACAGACACCAGGACCACUCGGAUAUGAAGGACUACAAGAAAGUAAGUGUAUACUCUGACGUCCUCAGCGAUAAUGUCAGGAAACAGAGUAAAAAUAGUUUCCAUCCUUUGGUGUGGGCGUCUGAACAGAACAAGGAUCAGGACGAGUCGACUCUUUCUGUUCUUGAGUGGAUACGAGGACUGUACUUCACAUCAAACUAGCACAGAGCUCAGCUUUCUCAUUUUUGAAAUAACACCAAGGUGUGAAUUAUUAAUAAUCAUUUCCAUAGUGGGAAUUUGUAACAGCUCUUUGAUGAGAAAUCAGCUUUUACUAUCACACUUGUAGCAGAAAGAUGUUCAAUUUUUUACAAUCCUUUAAAAACAGGAAAUACUUCACAGCGUAUUUUUCAUAUCUGUCUGGAAACACAAUCCUGAGUAAAAAACAGUCCUGAUCCCUCUGACUAAUCCAGUCCUGGUGUCAUAGUCUGCAGAAUUAAACUCAUUUUUUCUCAGAGCUGGAUUGUUUUGAAAAUAAGGAGACCUGUAGUAGCUCUGUCAGAGAUUAGAAACCCUGUAAAAGAGUGAAUAACCAGAGCAGACUUUAGAAAUGUGUUUGGAUGGUGGUGAUUUUGGUCGAGACUGUCUGCAGUAAAUGUGCAUCUAAAGGGUGAGAGAGGAGUGACGAUCACCUGACCUGUAGGAAGCCCUCAGCCAAUCCCUGCGUCCGUACAGUCAGUGUGAUGUUGUGGAGGUUGUUUAUAUGCCGAGUCUUUCAACCUUUAGUGCGUUUUAAUGUGAAGCUGAGUCGCCAUAUGCUUCUAUAAUGUCGCACUCCAUUACCCAGCACUCCUGUGAACUCUGCGUCACCUCUUCUCAUUAUAACUUCAUUAGCUCCAGUGUCCAACAGCCCCCCUCCCCUCCCCCGAUCAUUUCCUCCUUUCUCUCCUUCUCCCAGCUGGUUGACUUUUCCCUUUUGUUUACACACACACACACACUCAGUUUUUGGUCGGACUCCUCGGUCCCCUCCUCGUCCUCCUUCCAUUGAUUUGACACAGCAGUUCUUCACCGCAGAGUCCCUGCCUUUCUGUUUGUUUUGCCCCCCCCUCCCUCCUCUUGAAUGGGGUCUGACUAAUCCUAGUGGAGUUGGAGUCUGUUCAGACAGGGAGGGGUCGUCCCACUGGGGAAGUCUGGGUGAAUGGUGGCACAGGGCGGAUUGAGGAAGAGGAGGAGGGAGGAGGGCGGCUGCCAUCUGGCAAGGCAGUGGCAUCUGGCACAUGCUGCCAUCUGCAUAUCAAUGCCUCUUUUACUCACUGUUGUUUCUACACACACUCUCUACGCCUGUGCGCCCGCUACAAACACGAGACCGCCAUCACAAGAGUAAUGCUUUGGAUCUUUUGGAUCAAGCAGACUGUAGCGUAAACAGUAAACAACGUGUCCCCUUCCCCUCCUCACAGCCGGAGAAGACAGAGGCGGUGCGAACCAAAAGGAAAUACGAGAAGAAACCCAAGAUCCCUCCUCUGUCGGCGACCCAACAUUCAGGACCCUCAGUGUUCAAUCCCAAGGACCUCAACCAGUACGACUUCCCCAGCUCGGAUGAAGAACCCUUCUCACAGGUAAUUUUGUGGAUUUAAGGUGUAAAAGCAGGUUUAGUUUCAGCCCCGCAGUGUUCGUGUACUGACGUGUUUUCUUUGUUUAGAUCCAUUCAGGUUCCUCGGAGGCAGAGGAGGAGAAUGACCCAGAUGGCUGCUUCGCGUUCAGGAGGAAGGCCGGCUGUCAGUACUACGCUGUGAGUGCCCUCCUCUGACUCCAAAUGCUUCUAUUUAUAGAGCCAUCAGCAGGCUGGUCAGUCUGCCCGCCUGCGUGCGCUGGCUGCUGGUCUACCACACUCUGCUGGACGAAACAAUGAGAUAACAAAAACACUCACCUCUCUGUUUCCCUGUGUUCCCCUUCUUUUGUCCUUCAGCCUCGACCCGAUCAGAGCAGUAGCUGGCCCUGGGUGAGCCCGUUGGAGGGCGGGCUCGGCGACCUGCGUUUCCGCUACUGUCUGACCUCGCUGAAUGUGCCGCGGCGCUGCAUAGGCCUUGCACGACGCCGCGUGGGCAGAGGGGGCAGGUGAGUUUGAGAUGGAUUCUCCCCAUUUAUCUCUCUGUUUAUCCGCGAACUUAAGGAUUUAUUUUCUCUCUAAAAUAAUCAUGUACACACAAAUUUAAGCUCCACAUUCACAUAAAGAGAGGAAAGAUGACCAGAGCCGGACAAAACCGAUUAAAUCAGUCCUUCCUGAGGCAUCAAUGAUUUCAGAUCUGCAGUUUUCGAGACAUUUGUGGAGUAAAAAGGGAAAAGUGUUUGAUCAGUGUGAUAUCCAGGUGCUGCACGCUUUCAUCAUUUCAGCAAACAGACUCCGAAUAAAUGUCGAAAUGUGAAAUGAAAUGUGUGUAGGAAUGCUGCCAGUUCAAAUACUGAGCAGGUGAAACCCAGCCAAGGGUUGGCUGUAGCCGCCGAGGCUGUUUACCAUACCGGCGUUUUGGCAGGUCACCAGCGAUCGUUUGGCGGGCAUAUUCCAUUAUAAAUAUCAAGCUGGCUGCUAAAAUGACGAACACGACACACACACACACAUUUUGGGAUUCACCUGCUGCCUCUGAAAACUUGAACAGAAUCGUGUCCUGCAGAUUUGUCUGAUAUCCUCUCAGUCAUUACACUGAUGAUUGAAUAACGAACACUAGCUGGAGGAGUUCGCCGACAGCGACCACCAACCGGUUUCGACUGUAUCUGCCUCUCAGGUCCACAUGAUGAGAUUGGCGGUGUUCUGUCUCUGUCUGCGCUCGACCUUAUCGCCUGUCCUGAGGGGAGCCGACAGACCGGACUAUCUGUCCUCUUCAAUAUGAUUUGUGCUUGUGAUAGUAAAACUUGAUCAAGUCAGAAAACACGGAGCUUAGUCUGAUUGUUUGGACAGACUCGGGUUUGUCUGCGGGGACGGCAGUGUUGGUCAGUCCGGUUGUUUUUCUUGGACUUGAGUCAGUCUAAGAGGAUCCUGAUGAAAUCUUUUACAGACGUUUGUGAGGGAUUCGACUUCCUUUCAUGAACUGAAGCCUGUCUGAUAGAGUUUUAUUUCAUCAGUGGUAACAGAAACAUAAAUGUGAAUAUCAGGGAUUUAAAGGAAACAAAAAGUACUGAGAGAAAGGAUGUGAUCAGACGCUUUUUAGUUUUCUUUAGGAGUAAAUGGAUCAGGAUAAUAAUCAUACAAACAUGAAGAAGCAGUCGUUCCAAACUGAUGGUGGUAGUUUAGUCAAAUUCUGUUCUCCGAAACAAAACAUGAAGUUAGUAAACAGAAGGUUUAACAGAAGAGCGCUGCAGCUACCGUAGUCUCGCGGAGUUAUAGAAUGAGUUAAAUAAAGUUUGACUUAUCUGACUGUUUUGUUUGGCUUAAUGCGCCUUAUAACCCGGUGCACCUUAUGUAUGAAAAUAGACGCGUUCAUUGAUGGUGCGCCUUAUAACCAGGUGCACUUUAAAGUGCGAAAAAUACGGUGUGUGGAAAAAACAAGUUCAGGAUUUUGUUAACAGUCAUAGUCCAACUUUGACUCAGCCUCAGCUGGUCUGGUCCUGUCUUGUAGAGCCGUGCUUUUAUUUUGAAAUGAAGAACAUCCCACUUUUGGUUGGUUCUAAGUUACUGGUCUAAAGGAGAAAUGAUAAAAGGACAGUUUUAAGGUUUAACUGUCGAAUGUUUUUGAUGAAGCAGAAGCUUUUGAGUUUAGUUUCGGACCUGCUCCUCCUGCUUCUUCUUCGUUUUCCUUCACGUGUGUCAGGAAGAAUCAGCAAAAAGAACCCCCUACCGCCCCCUAAAAUGAACCAGUGUCUUACCAUUCGCUGAAAAAAGAGCGUUGACGUCAUUACACGCCCCGCUGUAUUGCAGCAGCAGUAAUUAUCAGUUGAUUGUGAGUCUAAAAAUAAAGGUCUUAGAACAUCUAUGAAGUCUUUUUCUCUGGAUUUAACCAACAUUACUGCUCUAAAGUUUGUGUUUUCCUCCGUUACAUAAGUGCGCCUCCUUUCUGUCUUUCUGUCUUUGGCCUGUUUUUGUGUUUUUGUCCUCGGCUAUAAUUGGUACUGGCCCGGUGGACGCUGUAAUUACAUGAGCGGUAUGCAGAGGACUUGAGCAAUCCUCGGGUCUCCAGGAGAAAACGUUGAUGUUGUAACGUCCUGCUAAUGAUUGCAGCAUGUGUGUGUGAUUCUGUCUGACCUGAAAUGACUCGCUGACGACGGAGGAUUUAUUGAAAUGGUUUUGUUUUUGUUGCAGGAGCUUAUUGGACAGAGCGCACGCAGAUUUAGACAGCAUCUGUCAGAGCCUGGAUUCUGACCCGGAGCCCGAACCACUCUCCUCGCCACUUCCAACUUCUCCGCUCCGCAACUCCAACGCCAGUACCUCAGAAACCAAUACCUCGGACCCAGCCAGCUCCUCCCACCCUCCGUCUUCUACAUCACCCCUGACGUCGUCAUCAUCAUCAUCAUCAUCAACACCCAUGGACCUCAGCCAGAUUCUAUUGAACAUUAAAGCGUGCCGCUGGAGGCACUUCAGACCACGGACGCUAUCCCAUCACCCCUUGGGUGCAGGAGACUUGUCUCGCAGAGGAUUUAGGGAUUUUAGCCGGACCGUGUCAGGACUUAACCGGACCUUGUCUGGAGGAGCCAGCUCCCAGAACCGCACCGGUCCAGCCCCCAACCCCGUUAAUGGUGAGUCAUUUCCUUCGCCGCUCCGUGUUUUCAUUAACGUCUUUGACAUUUUGCGUCUAACGAGCGCUCCACCUCUAAAUAAUGUCAUUGGCUUAAAGUGGAGCCCGGUCAGGUCUGCUGCCUAAUUGUGUUGUAAGCAAAGGUUUCCUGGAUUUGCAAAGGGGGCAAGUUUAUUUUAGUUUUGAUAGUCUGUCAGCCCGGAGCUCGGUGUGGACGGUGGUAACGCCUGAAAGUUAAUUUAGCGCGGUCUGACCGGCCUGUGUGUAGUUUGGGCUUUAAUUAAAGCAAAAGGAAAAUUCAGCACUUUGACUUCAUUUUGGAGCUGCUGCUGUUCGGAUAAAGAUCAUAUCUUUGUAGACGUGUGUGAACCUUUUGUUUCUGAAGACAUUCAGUCAGAUAUCAUUAGUUUGAAACUUGUCGAUGGGUCUGGUUUUGUCAUGAUUUUAAAGGAUGCUUGUGGCACACAGUAUGUGUUUGUUAUUGCUGCGAGAGUUGAGGUGGGGGAAUGCUGGGGAAUUCUGGAAAGUAGGUCUUUUUUUCACCAAUGCUGUUUUAUUCCACAGCAAAUACUAAUGAAAUACAACAACAUAAAAACUUGUUGAUUUAUGGCCAGCUGUAUGUAAACAUUAAAAUUUCAAGGUAAAUAUUGAUGUAUUGAGACAAAAAAAGAAGGGCGUCUAAGUGUUAAGAUGGCGGUUUGAAUGAUUCAUGAAAUAGAAAAAUACACUGAGUUAUGUUAUAGAUGUCACUACAUGACUGAUAUUUAUAUUAGUAUAUUUUAUUAUGAUAUUAGUAUGAAGAAAGAUCCAGUUAACUGUUAUAGAUUUGAUAUGGUGUAACAGUGAUAUGAAGAAACAGACGAUGUAGGGCUGAGCGAUAAACCGAAAAUUUACUGAAAUUUAAAACUAUAACCGACGUCAUUUUGCCCUUAUCGGUAUAUAAAGUGUCAAAAAACAUAUAUGAGUUGGUUUUGGAUGUGUGUAGGUAGGCUAUGGUCUCAUGUCCCUUUGUCCUACGUCAGAGACGUGACUCCACCCCAUCCAGUAUGUAACAAAGAGGGAAAGACAGGUGAGGAGAUGGAGGACGGAGAGAAAGUUGUAGCGGCUGAAGUAGACGAAGUUAAUGUGGGAGGGGGUGAGCAGCUUGUGGAGUAGUUAUCAUCAAUUUAUCGCUUCUGACUAUGCCGUGAUGUUGAUUUGAGGCCGUAUCGCCCAGCCCUAAGACGACGGCGUCUGAGGAAAUUAGGCAAACAUCGAUGAAGGGAAGAUGUAGAGCCCAAACCUCACCUCUCCACGACCUCUCCACCAUGAGCCAAAGCCGUAGCCGAUUAUUUUCAAACAGCAUUAAUCAGUUUGAUUAAUCGGCCGAGUGAUUAAUCUGUCUGCUUCUCCCCUCAAAUGUUCCAGCCGCUAAUUUCCCGGUCGUUUAAAUUCCAUUCAGAUGAGCGCCUGACGAGCCGAAAGAAAACAUUCACACAUGAUCACAGAGUGUCUGAGUGUGGCUAACAUCAGCAGAGCCCUGCAGGUGAACGUCCACACACCUGUGCUGCUUAUACCUGUCUUUAGUUGAGUGGUUAUAUUCAGGUUUAAUCAAAAAACUCACACCCAUGUUUUUCAAGAGUGGGAGCAGAACAUGAGCGUGAAAAAGGGAUUAUAUUGAUUUUUAAAUGAUUGGGAUCUGGUCCAGGAUCAGUUUUUGGAGCAGUAAUUUCAAGUAAACAUUUAAGGUUGUUAAAAUCAUAAUUACUGUGACAUGUGGAGGUCUCUGCCUAAAAACAUGAUCCUCUAAUCUGAUAAACAACAUCUGAAGGCCUGUUUUUACCCUUCACCGCUUCAUUAGAGCGAUUUUUACUGAUAUUUUAUAUUAACAUGUGAGACCUGAAGCUCCGGCUGCCAUCUGAGGGGUCAUGUUGUCAACAUUAACAGAGGCCUUAUAGAUAAACAAUAACAGUCUUUAAGUGUUCAGACUGUUUGACAGGCUGCUCGGACCGUCAGAGGAUCCUCUCAUCUCCUCUCUGUACAGUAGAAGAACUCGUCUUUGAGGGCUGUAAUUUAAAAACGUCUUCAUGCAUAAAAUUACGUCAGUUAUUGUUAAUUGAUUUCUUGCAUGUGAAUAUUCAAAGAAAGACUUGAAAGGCUGCCCUGUGUUCGCUCUCUGCUGCUGCUGCUCAAAGGUAAAACGCUCCCAUGAUGCUCGUAAAUGACGUAAACUUCCUCCUUCAACCCUCUCUAUAUAUUCAAAACAUUAAUAUCUUCUCCCAGAGUCAUUUAGAUGUGGAAAUGUAAAAAUAGAUCCAGGAGACGGGCUGGAGAAGAUCAGGAAAGAAGUGAGAUGUUGAGCAAACUUCCAGAGUUUAAUAGUUUAGUAAUAUCUUCCUUUGUAUCAUGCUGUCUGGCUGGUUUCUUUGUCAUGUUUCUGUUUUAAAGCCGCUAAAAUCGUCUAUAGUAGCUUUGUUUGGGUGUUUAUUUGUCCUGCUGAUCGAUCCCUAUAUUUGGAGAAGUGAUGUUUCCACCUGAGGGCUGCCUCUGUGUAAUUAAAGUCAAAUAACUAUAAUUUGUCGUGGAGUUUUCCCACAGCAUGGAGUCGUGAGAGGGCGCUGCUUUGUUUGGGUGUUAUUUUAGAGGAAGUCAUUUAUCCGGACUGUAAAUACUCUUCUUUAGUCGGUCUUUGGAGUAACAGCUGAUUUUAGUUCUCCUAAAAUCAUGUUCGACACAGUCUGAGUCAAUAAUGAGAUCACAGGUAUUAAACACACAUUUGUCAUCAUCAGAGCUGAAGUUUGACUUGAGCUGCAGUCUGGCAAAGAGGGAUGAAGAAACAAAAUAAACACUUCAUAUCCUGGUUGAGGAGGUUAAAAUAAGUUUAGUCAUCAUUAAUAGUUUCCUGAUGUAGUUAAUAAUCAGGUCCUUCAGUCACUCACACACAGAAAACUCAAACUUUGCCGCUCGGUGUUUGUUCAGUUUUUAAUUCAGUCGUAGAAUUACAGAAAAGUAAACUUCUAACAUACUCAGACCUUCAGGCUUCAGGGUCUUGGAUUUGACUCUUGUUGACCUCUUCAUAGGGCUGGACGAUAAACCAGAAAUUUACAGAUACCAAAAUUGACGACAAUAACCAACGUGAUCUUUCGGGGGAUUGGCACCCUAUUUGUAAAGCUGUUCAUGGUCCCAGUAUGAUGUCUUCUAACAAGUAAAUUCAGGUAAUUGGCACAAAGAGGCGUAGACGUUCAGUGAAGCUGGGCGAUUGAGCAGCUUGUGGAGUAGUUAUCGUCCAUUUAUCAUUAUUGAGGUGAACAGAUAUAUCAAUAUAUAUAUAUAUAUCAAUAUAUUGUGAUAUUGAUUUGAGGCCAUAUCUCCCAGCCCUACUCCUCAGCAUCAUCUGUUUUACUGUGACUAAAGUUUCUCAGGAGUCAGUGUCUUUUUGCACCUCGAUCCAAACAGUUUUUAUUUGUUUUCCACCUCAGAUUGGCAGAAUAAUAAUCACACUCUUAAUUCCCUCUCUCUUUCUGAUUUUACAGGUUUUGUCAUGUUUUGUUUUUUUAUUAUUUGUACAGUUGCUUUUCUUUUUCCUGUAUCAUCGUAGCGACAGACUUUGACUCGUUGGAAACUCUGUAGCGCCCACCAUGAGUGCAAAGUCUUUCACUGUUACCUUCAGCUUUGUGUCAGCUGAAUGAGAGCUGCGUAACCACACCUGAGGAUUGUAUAAACCUGUGUGUGUGUGUGUGUGUGUGUGUGUGUGUGUGUGUGUGUGUGUGUGUGUUUGACGAUCUUUUGAGCUUUCAUUGUAUCGCAGUAACCUUGAAUCACGUAAUAACGACGCCCACUUCCACUCGACCCCGGUGUCGUUGUUGUUCUGCUGUUUUAAAGCCCACAGAGGAAAGCGGCUGAUGUCAGUAACUUGAGCGGUUUGGAUUUGACUGAACGGUCCUCAAGUUUGAUUUGAGUUUGAUUGUUUUAUGGCGGUGAGGGGUGGCGCUGUUAGGGCCUGUGUCCACUAGCAACAUGGAGUCAGGCAUAGAGUGCGAAGAGGAUGAAUAUCUGCACAAAACAAGAGUUUGAGCUCACAGAUGUGGACUAGAUCUGAUGAAUUUAUCAAAUCUAACUUCAAGAAGGGUGUUCAGUUAUUUUAUCUGUUUAUUUGUUUGUAGUUUUUAGAUAAUUUCACAUGCUUUCUCCCCCCAGAAUCACUAAAACCUGGGUUGAAAAGUUGUGCUAACCCGUGCUGGAAAGGAAGUCAGGCACAGACACAAAAUGAAACAUCCGGCUUCUUUUCAAAAUAAAACACUCCGUGUAACGGUUGGAAAUGAACAAGUGAAAGGUUUUUAGACGUCAUUUCACCUCGAUGACACCAUGGAUGAGGAGAUGCUGAUUCUAGAAGUCUAGAAGUAGAUUUCCUCCUCUGAAAGGACACAAUCUACUGUUUAUAUAUCUAUGUGUCUGUAUUUAUAGAGACAACUCGUUAUCACUGAUUGCACGUGAAUCUGCGGGUUCUUGUGAUUUCCGCUGUCCGUAAUCCGACACGAAAUUCGCCCCACAAACAGAUCUGGUAGGAAUUAACAGACGGUGAAAAUUGCUGCUGUUCCGAGUGAAAAUUUGGGGUAAAACUCUCGCCAGUUUACCGCUGCAAGAUUGAAAUGUGAUGAUGAAAGUGGCGACCUGAAGGAUGGAAGUCUGAGUUACUGUUCGGUUAUUUUUCUUAGAUCAGUCAGGCAUGUUUAAAGUUUUUAAUCCUCGUUCGUCUCGCUGUAAAGAAAAGGUCUAAAUGUCACGUAAACAAACCUCACAGAAACCAUUUUUCCUCUUUUGACCGGAGCCUCCUCUUCCUCCCUCCUGUCCGCAGUGUUCACGGCAGAGCAGUACCAGCAGCACCAGGAGCAGCUGGCCCUCAUGCAGAAACAGCAGCUGGAACAGAGCCAACAGCAGCAGCAGCAACAACAACAGCAACAAGCCAACAACUCUGCAACAACAACUCCCAACACACAGGUCAGAGAGGAGAGACACACAACAUCAUCAUCAUCCUGCAGCCUUCACCACACCUCUGCUCCUAAUAAAAGCACGUCUGUGUCAGUGAGUACAGAUGUCAAAGAGCGCUCUAGUCCCUCUUCUUCUGUUCAUGAUCAGUUUCUUCUUCUUUUUGCUGUAAUUGAUCGAUUGAUAACCAAAGAGGGUAAAUGAGGGCGUCAUAACCUGGUCUAACCUCAGAGUGAAGGUCCGCUCACUCAUCUUCAGGAAACGGGACACAGCUUCGUUCCCAUGAGCAGAAUUAACACCAACAACCCUGAUCCUGUUUGGCAGCAGACGUGCAGAGCUCAGCACAUUUUCACAAAGCGCUCUUUAACUCAGUCUCUCUCUUUCUCUCUUAUCGUAACCAGACCCUGGGGUCCAAGACUCUGGACCAGGCCAGCGCCCAGUUUGCUGCUUCGGCUCUCGUCACCACAGACCAGCUGCUGACCUUCAAGUCCAAAGAGGAGCUGGUGCUGGCGAGCGGAGUCAACGGGGUCCUGACGGGGGCAGGUAAGGGUCACUCCAACUCCGCUCGGCGAUCCCACGUGACACCAUAAAUAUAGGGAACUAUAUCAUGUAUCUCUACGGCACAUAUGUCAGAGUCAAGGCCCGCGGGCCACAUCCGGCCCGCGAGAAGGUUUUUUACGGCCCCUGGGAUGAUCUUGAUUUAUUAUUAGAACCGGCCCGCAGACCGCAGCAAGCCGGCAGCCCGCAGAUCUUUUAGACGCACCAAUACUACAUUUCCCACAAUGCAACGGUGACGCACCGAGCAGUAGGCUGCUUCAUUUCAAUAUUUAUUAGCACAGCAGUCGUCAGCAUAACAGUAAAAUUAACUUUCAGAUACCCAUCAAAAAUGGCAAAACGGAAGGUGGACACUGAGAACCGGGGGUUUCAAACAAAGUGGGAGUCGGAGUAUAUGUUCACGGAGGUAGCUGGAAAACCUGUGUGUCUUCUGUGUGGAGAAAGUGUGGCGGUACUGAAAGAGUAUAAUCUGAGACGACAUUAUGAAACGAAACACGUUUUUAUUGUAUUUCAAUCCAAUUAUAUUUUAAAAAUAUUUCAGUUGAGUGGAUGAUAGAAAAUUGCUAUUAUUUUUUUUUUCUUUGAAGUAAAUUUAGCCCACUUUUGCUAAAAUAGAAAAUAUAGGCUACUGAUGGUGCCUUGAAUAAUACCGGUUUCUUUCAUUUAAUGUUCAUGUUAUGGGGAUUUUUAUAUAAAGGAAAUUUGUCUUUUGUGUCUGUUGAAAAUUAAAGAUUACUGACAGAGCCAUAAGAAAAUAUUGCUUUAUUUAUCUGAUCAUAUUGGAAUAUAUUUGUUAGGUUUUCAGUAGGUUCAGUUAGGUUCACUAGACUAUAUGCGUCAUUUAAAAAAUUUUCAAUGAACAUUCUAUCAGUCCGGCCCUCGGCUUGUACCUAAAUUUUUUAUUUGGCCCUCCGUCCAUUUGACUUUGACACCCCUGCUCUACGGGAUAAAAAGCGUUCAAAAGCUUAAACUUUUGGCGAUCUACCGAGGGUUUCCAGACAUUUCCACACCUCUCACAAGGUUUACAAUCCAGCCACAAAAACAGGUGUUUGAUCAGAGCGAUCAUAUGAAGGUCGUCCCUGAAAAAGUCUUUGUCUGGAUGGACGUAGAUGUUGCUCCUAAACCUGCAGAUAUUGUUUAAAACUGAGGAUGCAGCAUCUAUGAUUUCCAGCUCUUCAUUGAAAGGACCACUGGACUUACUUGUGACGCGAAACGUCACAAGUAAGUCCAGUUGUCCUUUCCAAAGAGAGUUAGAUUUUGAUUCUUGGCGUUUAAUUAUUUUGAAACGCCAAAUUCUGAUUUAUCAACAUUUCUAACAGCGUCCGAAAGUCUCAAACCUGGUCUCACUAGUCCACUUGUUCUGGUCUUUAUUGAUCCUGGUCUCUGAUCGGUUUCUCCUCAGGUGUUUUCAAAGGCCUGCACCUCUCCAACACCACCGCCGCUCUCCACCAAACCAACCAGGCGACGAACACCACCGCCUCCUCCGUGGCCCAGACUUUCCUCCAGCCCACCUCCAUCUCCACCACACCUUCGCCCGCCAACACCGUCCCCACCUCCCUCACCUCCACCCCCAGCGCCCACGCAGCGGCGGCUCUGGGGAUCCUGGGAUGCAGCCCGGCCAACGCCUCCCCCGCCACCACUCAGGUCCUCAUCGGGAACAACAUCUGUCUGAGCGUGCCGUCGGCCGCCAGCCUGGCCGGGCGCCACAUUCCCCGGACCCUGGGCAACCCUCUGCCGCCCUCUGCCUUAAAGCUGUCCGCCGCCCCCCACCUGCAGAUGCCCAAAGUCUCCGGGGCGUCGCCCAUGGACCUGGGCUCAAGGUGAACUACUCAUCGUAUGUGUCGACGGUAUUUUAUACUCGGUACUAGGGCGGUACUGUGGUAUUUUUUGGGCUGAUUCUGAUUAUUAAGGGGGGAAAAAUCUGAUUCACAAUCAAUCAGCUGAUUUUUAAACAAAAUUUAUGAAGUUAUAAAAAUAUAGAUAUACUGUAGAUAUACUGUAGGCUACUGCUUUUCACGUUGAUAGAAAGACCGACUGAUCAAACUCAGACCAGAAAAGCGUUUACAACUACCCCCCCCCCCCCCAUGAGGUCGCUGCGCCAUCUACAGGAUAAGUCGGGGAACUUUUCAAAUGGCGGAACAUUUUCGAAGUGAAUCCGAAUCAUAUUUAUUUCUGAAAAUUUCUGCGAAAAUCGGCGAGUUUUGGCCAAUUACCGAUUAGUCACAAACGGGCUGAAACUGGCCGAUCUAAUCGGCCCGCCAAUAAAUCGGUCGGGCCCUACUCGGUACGUUUACAUGUAACUCGGGAAAACUGAAUUUUCACCUUAUUCCAAUUAAGACCGGACAACUAAAUGCAUGUAAACACCUUAGUCCGACUAUAAUCUGAGUCUGAGAACUCCGAUUAAGACACCCAGAUAAUAUGAUGGGAAUUCGAUUUUCUCUACCAUGUAACCAGCGUAGUCGCAGUAUGAUCGGACAAUGCAUGCCCCUGUAACCCCAUAACAAAAACACCAGAGAAGUGGAGUAGCGUUCGUCUCGUCUGCAGAAAAGUAGCGUGCCCAUCAUGUACGACAAAGGCGACGUUCACUCUGCAGGUUAUGAUGCACAUUUCGGAUUUUUUGUUAAAUCCGAUCUUUUUGUGCGGUCGUUCACAUUACAACAACGAAUGCAGCAUCUAAUGUGAACAGAAUGCGUCUGUGAAGUGACCCACAUGCGCACAAAGCACAAAUUUCUUUCCGUGCCUGUUUGUGUCGAACAACGGUGACGUUUGUCGCAUAUCGAUGACGUAUAGGUCGGAUGAACGCGACCUGAGUGACAAAAACGAAUUAUUUGCUCAGUCUGAUUACCGUAUUUUUCACACUAUAAGGCGCUCUGUCGAUGAACAGGUCUAUUCGCGUCUAUUUUCAUACAUAAGUCGCACCGGAUUAUAAAGCAUAAACAAAACAGUCAGAUAAGUCAAACUUUAUUUAACUCAUUCAAUAACUCUGCGGGGCGGGCUACGGUAGCUGCAGUGCUCCGACAAGCCAAAAGGAUUUAAAGUGCGCCUUAUAGUGCGAAAAAUACGGUCAGCUUUGCAUGUGAACGCACUGACUGAUGCAGGAAGAAUAAACUGCUUUAGUCGUGGUGUUCGAUUCGUUUACAGUCGAAACAAAAACCAGUCAGACUAAAGCCGCCCCACAGGUGUGUGUGGGCCUUCAGACAUAAGCCGUAGUUUACCUCUGUGUGCCCCUGAACUCCAGACACAACACAACCCACAUUUAAAACUCCAAACUAGAGCGUAAACAAGAGUCCGAACCCAGACAGCAGGAAACUUUAAGUUCGUCCCUCUUGUUUUCACCGGGUCCUGUUAUCUUUGAUGUAACGUUUGUUUGGAGAUAAGCGACAGAAAAGCCUUCGCACCAUCGCACCAUCCUCGGUUUAAGAAUUCACUCGGACCUGGCAGAUAUCAUCGAAAGAUUGCCAACACUGUCUGCCAGAGAUAAAGCUGCAGAGCAAGAAUCCACAUAAAUCUGGGAGCUGAAGUCACGUGACGUCAGAGCGCCUCAAGAAUAACACCUAACGUUUCUCUUCUUCUUCUUCUCUCCUGCAGGGAUAAUCAUGACGAAGACAAGCCAGCACUGAACAGUAUAGCAGACAACACAGUGGCCAUGGAGGUGACGUAGUAGCGGUGCAGCGAGGAGUCCGCUCUGUAGGUGCUGUGCAUCGUAGCAUCGGGAAUGCAAAAGGGACAGCGGGACUCUGACGCAGACUGACAGAUCGAACGGGAGGCCGCCGCAGCCGCUCGCUUGCAAUUCUCAUCUCUCAUACUUUUUAAACCUUUAUUUUUGUUUCUGCUUUUUUUUGUUACUGUUCAAAGUACAAGAUCGACAUGUGUAAAUUAUGAAUAUGGCAAAAUUAGUAUCUGUACAGUAACUACAUAUUUGUAAUAUCCCCCCUUGUAUAUAUAUUACUUGAAUACAGAACUGUCCAUUUGUGAUGUUUUGCACUUGGGAGUCAAACUUAAAGGAAAAAAAAGAUAGCCAAGUAACUUGUGGCGAGUGUGAGAGACGUGGGAGUUGUAUAGACAAAGAGUUUUUAUCACAUCAUGUGCAUGGUGCGGAGCCUGCUGUUUUUAUCUAUUUAUUGUGCUGUGUUUACAGUUUUUUUGUUUUCGGUUUGUUUUGUUUAAUUUUUUUAUUUGUACACUGUACCUUCGUUGGUUCCUGUGCUGUAGUAAAUGUUAGGUAGCUACGGACUCCUGGGUAUUUUUGUAUAUUGUGAACACAAAAGCAGGUCCCCCACCCCCCCACCCACCCACAUUUCUUUUGGGUCCCUGUGCUUCUCUCUGUGGAUCAUGUGAAAAUCAAUGGUGACAUACAUACAGACCAGGAGAGCCAGGAGGAGGAGGAGGAGGAGGGUGAUGAAGAUGUGGUUCACGUAAAGAGAGGUGCUCCUCUCUCCCUGGGAGCUUCCAUUAACAUUAUCCCAAACACAAGUAACAAAACAGGGAUGAAGUCUCUUCCCAGAAGCCUCUGCUGCUUCUGAUUAAAGCACUAUUUUUUUGUGAUGUUUCUGUUUUUUUCGUUCAUGGUUUUGAUAAGUAUCAAUGCUGCUUUUGUAUUUUUCGUUUGUUUUUAAAAAAGGGGUUGUCCUUCAUUUUUCAUGCAAGCAGAGUCUCCCCCUUUUCUCUUCGUUUCACCCCACCAACAACAUUUUUGUAAAAGACAAAAUUCAGUUAUUUUUGUAUUUUUUAAUUUUCUCGUUCUUGUGGUAAACUUGAUUGUAAGCUUUUGGUUUAUUGAAAGACUUCAUUCUUUGGUUCCUUUGUUACUUGGUCAUGCAUAGGUGAUAAGGGAGGUGAAUGGGCAGUAAUCGCUGUACGUGUUUCAUCAUUCCAGUUUUUAAUAACAAAAAAAUGCUAAAGAGGGGACGGAGGGAGGGUCCUGACAAAAACAGCAGUUUUUCUCCCCUCUCUUCCCCUUUUUUCUUUAUUUUCUUUAUUUUGUUUCUUUGAAAAAAGAAUCUCCAGACGGCUGCAAGGCCAAAAACCACAAGUAUUGGGUGCCUUCCUUUGGGGAAUUUAAUGUUCUCUCUUCUGUGAAGAGUUAGGCACAAAGGCAGCAUUACUUAGUAGUGCCUCUCGUCUUUGUCUGAAUCUGAAUGCCCAGUCCAAUGGCAGGAUAUAUCCUUGAGGUUUACUUGUCCCACCUGGAGGCUGAAAAGACUAAAAAAAAAAAUGUGACAGAACUCUCACUAAAAUAAGACAAUAAAGCCCAGGGCAUUAAAUGUGAACUGUUUGGAC